GUGCACAAACGUGACGUCACGAACACGUCACCGGCAUGGUGGACAUUGGACAACCGUAGCGUACGGAGCGGCAAGACCACUGUGAGAAACUUACGAGCCAAAGAGAAAGUUUUUCGACACCAUUGAAGCCUUAUACUGAUGGACAAUACAAGAAGUCAUGAUGAGAGAUAUUGAUUCAAGAGAAAGGGUUCAAGAUGACACAUGGUGUGAAGGGGCACAAAAUGAGGAAGAGGAGGACGACAAAGAGGUGAGCCCUAUUAGAUCCAGUUUCUCUGUGGAGGACCUGCUUGAUGAGGUGGAGAAGAUCAGCAGUGUCGCCAGCAGUGGCAAAAAGGUGGAGAUUGUAGUGAGACUGUGGAAAAAUGGUUUCACGGUAAACGAUGAAGAUUUACGCAGUUACACUCUAGAAGAAAACCAAGAGUUCUUGGAGGCCAUUAAAAGAGGUGAGCUGCCUCUUGAGCUUGAAGGAAGAGCUGAGGAUGAAGAACUAGAAGUCAAUGUGGAGGACAUGAAAGAUGAAGUUUAUGUCCCAAAGAAAAAGACCUUUCACCCGUUUACAGGCCGAGGUUACAGACUGGGAAGCGUGGCUCCGAGAGUGGUGGCCAGGUCUCGGUCGAUACAUGAAGACUGUUCUGGUCCUCCUCUCCCAGCUGUGGAGCUGAAUGAGGACCUUCCUGUGACCUCCCUCCAGAUUUGGCUGGCAGACGGUCAGCGUCUCGUGCAGAGGUUUAAUCUGUGCCAUCGGAUCAGUGAUGUGCAGCAUUUUGUGGAGCAGGCUCAGAGCAUGGAUGCUCCGUUCGUCCUGACUACAUCCCUGCCGUUCCGAGAGCUGAGAGAUGAGGGUCAGAGUUUGGAGGAAGCUGAUUUAGCAAAUGCUGUCAUCGUUCAGAGGCCUAUCGACACACAAGCUGCUUUUGGUCACCCUUGACUGUUCCUGCUUGCACCAGA